UGCACGCGGAUUUAUAUUGAUUGUUCAAUGGUUGAAAUGCAUCAAACAUUUCAAACGAGGAAACAACCGUAUGAUAAUUCAUAUAGCUAAAGUUGCAGCUGGAUUUAUUCCAUUCAUGGAAUCAAACUCAACGAACGAUACUCAUAUCACUUUGGAUGAUAUAGAUUAUGAGCAAUUUCUGAAGAAAGAUAUUCCAGCCACUGUCUUUCUUAUUCUUCUCUCAAUCAUUGGAAGUGUAGGCAAUAUCCAUACGAUCUUAGUUUAUCUCUUUUCGCCAAUAAUGGCGAAAUUGGCGGUUCGAUUUUUCAUCCUAUGGCUCGCCUCUAUUGACCUUACAGCAUGUUUGUUUUGUAUGCCUUUUGAGAUUUUUGACAUCCGGUACAGCUAUACCUUUUCGUCAGUCGUUGCUUGUAAAUUCUUCCGAUUCCUGAAUCAUGUCGUUACUUUGGCUUCCGGUGGACUUCUAACCGCCAUUGCCAUUGAAAGAUUCCGAAUUAACACUAAACAGUUGCAUCGGAACACGAGGAAACCUGGGACUUGGAUAAAUAUUAUAUCAGGUAUAAUUCUUGGGGUUGCUGUUGUAUUAUCAAUUCCAGCGUUUGUAUUUUAUGGUUUGAAUGAAAAGGAAACGGACAUUCUUGGUUUGACGGGUAAAGACUGCACUAUUUUAUCGGAGUAUCAAAAUUUACGCACUGCUGUCUCAUACUCCGGCGUAGUUAUUCUUCUAAGUACUAUUUGCGUCAUUGUAUGUGUGGUUAUAUAUGGAAAAAUUUUAUACGUGAUAUGCACUCAAAUGAAGAAAGAGAAAAAACGAAAAGACAAACCAAAUCACUACCACAUAAAUGAGUCCACGUCCGACGUGAAAUCAUUUAAUACGCAAGCUAUCUCAACAAUCAAUAAUAGUGAGGUGGAACUGAGAAAUGUUCAAACGGAAGUGACAGUCAAAUCGAAAGAUAAGUCGUCAAAAACAGCCAGCAAAUACGAGAAAGGGAGACGACUGACUAUAAGCCUUAUAGUGGCAACUGCCGUUUCGUACGCAGGAUAUUUAAUUUAUGUGUUCACAAUAUUGGUAAAAAUUACGAAUCCUAAACUGUACGAAAAUAGUAUUCGACCAGCAACUGCGAUUCUUCUACGUGCGUAUUUUAUAAACAAUGCAUCCAACCCUAUUGUCUUUUGUCUCAUUGACAAGACUUUCAGAAAGGAAUGUUUGAAAUUGUACAAGAAGACGAUAUGUGCUAAGAAAUUGUACCAAAUGUAUAACUGAUGCAUGUAAUAAUAUGAGCAACAGGAUAAUGUAUACACUAUUAUAACAGUUAUUAAUAGCCAUGCUGCAUU